AUGCGAGUGGCAGAACCGUACUGGCUGCAGAGGCAGAUGUCAAGACACGUCGAACAGUCAGACAGCGACGAUAAUAACAGCAGUGGUACAACAACAAGCAGUGACGCCAAACGCCCUCCAAUACCGCGUCUAUCCCCCAAGUCACGCUCAUUGUCGGAUGCCGCCAAACACGGAGCUUUGCAGCCUUCAGCAUUGCGAGACUUUCCUCCCUCAUCGAAAGAUGACAUAGGACUUACAAACAACAACAACAAUAACAACGAUAAUCCUUCAACCCCUCAAAAGACACCACAGCCACGUCUAUCGACUCUGAAUGGUCUUUCUCUCCAACUUCCGCGACAGUCUACGCCGUCCUUCUCUACGGCUUCUGGCAACCGCGCACCUCUCUCUCCAAAGCUUGACGCCGCGCAGAUUUAUGGCUCACCGGCUUCUGCAAUUCCUCGCCGAUCACGCGGCCUAGACUUUGCUCGCGCCUGCACGAAUUUGCAUCACUCUACACUAGCUGAAUCCUCGCCUGAUUCUUCACCAAACGUGGGUCGUGGUGUCAAUAUCCCACAACGACGUGGAGGGACGUCAUCAGCAUUUGGCUCGCCUGGAACAAGCCUUGCGCAGCCAUCGGGCAUAGGAUCAGCUGGCCAAACAACAAUGUCCAGCUCACUAUCGAGCGUGAACAUGCUAGAAUCAGAUACCAGCAGCAGCGAAGAGGACGAUGAUGAGCCAAUGAACGGAGAUCGUGACGAAAUGAUGAUUAUUUCUACACCACAAGCGAGUAAAAUGCACAACGGACUUUUAUCUAAUCCUUUUGGGGGUGCAGUUCCCAGCCCAGGGAAUGACUGGAUGGGGACUUACUCUUCGGCCGCUGCCAGUCUCGCCAGCUUCCAGCGUGCACGGUUCCGCAAGUCACGUAACAGUCGUCAUAGCUCUAGUAGUGCUAGUGGAAAUAGCAACAAGCCUAGUCCGGGACCACUAUCUCCGCCGGUAAUGAAGAGUAUAGAGGCGUCGAAUGGGGGGUAUUUCGCUCGUGAAAUGUCCAAAAGUGCCUUGCAAUCGCGUCGAGAGAGUUUGAGUCUUGGAACUGGAGAUUUACAGCUCUCUGAUUUGAGUGAUGAUGGCGAGGCUCGCGCAUUGCGAGCAGAUAGCCCUGGGUCUAAUGCAGAAACCGGUCCGCGCGGAGUAGUUCGUCGGGCUGUUACUCGACGAGGCAAUUUACUGCCAAAAACAAAAACAUUCGCUCGUAUUCGUGCGGCUCUGAUGGAAGAAAGCGCGCCUCUCGAUACCGAAGCAAAGAAAGAAGCCGAGGUCAUCCGCCAGGUUCGUGAGAGCGAUCCCACAAGCGAGACGACAUCUCCCAGCUUCCCGCUAGAGAAACUAGAAGAACUCACUUCCACUACCUCUGUAUCUGAAAACCCAAUCCGAAGUGUUCCGGAAACCGCAUUUUCAAAUCAAGCGUCAUUGAACUCGGGCGGCGCCAAAUUCUGGGAGACGUUUGACGGCCGUUACCGCACACCACCUCCUCCAGGUCGUCUAUCAACACAAUCUUCUGUUAUGGGGGAAGAUACAAACAUGGACACACCCAUCUCAACUAUCGGCCGCGAAGGUCGAUGGCAAUCCCCAACACCACAAGUAGUCACUUCUGCACUAGCCACUGAAAUUCGUCGCAAACGCCGUCGCGACGAUGGCUUUGAUGCCGAAUCUUUCAAGCGCCGCGCCGUGUCACCCGGUAUGAGUGUUCAGAGCAGCCCUGUCUUACAAUCAACAGCCAAAGAGAGCAACGGUCUUAAUGGAUCAUGGAUCAUCCCUUCCAAGGCCGCGUCGGCAUUGUUGACGGAGCAAACACACAGCUCAUCAAGCAGUUCGACUUCGACAGGGAUCAAACGAGUUGGUCUACAGGGGAUGAAUGAGACGAAUGAUGGAUUGAUGAAUAUGAGUAUUGAAUGA